GGGAUAGCCAAUCACUGCUCUUUCCCAUAGAAAGUGCUUCACUCGAACCCGGAAGUUCAGUAACUUCUCAGGAUAGAGGGAAGGAGUGAGUCUGUCAGGUCCCGGUUAGUCUCCGUCCAUGGAGGAUCGCCGGUUAUUGUGACCGAGGCUGUCUGUAUCCUGCAGUUAACGAAGGGGGGGGGAGAUACCGUGUAAACGGAGUUACUGACCAUUUAUAACGGAGGAUGGAGGGAUCAUGUGAUCAGAGUGCUGGACAGAACCAUAGACUGAGCUGACCACCUCCCUCCAGGGAGCCUCCAGCUGCUAUCAGUGAGACACAGUGUACAAAGAUACAGGGAGAGAUACAGGGAUACAGAGAUACAGGGAGAGAUACAGAGAGGGAUACAGGGAGAGAUACAGAGAGAUACAGAGAGAGAUGGAGAGAUACAGGGAGAUAUACAGAGAUACAGGGAGAGAUACAGAGAGAGAUACAGGGAUAUACACAGAGAUACAGGGAGAGAUACAGAGAUAUACACAGAGAUACAGGGAGAGAUACCAGAUAUACAGGGAUAGAUACAGAGAUACAGGGAGAGAUACAGGGAUAUACACAGAGAUACAGGGAGAGAUACCAGAUAUACAGAGAUACAGGGAGAUAUACAGGGAUAGAUACAGAUCUGCACAGAGAUACAGGGAGAGAUGCAGGGAUAGAUAUAGAGAUACAGUGAUAGAUACAGAGAGAGAUGGAGAGAUACAGGGAGAGAUACAGAGAGAGAUGGAGAGAUACAGGGAGAGAUGGAGAGAUGCAGGGAUAGAUACAGAGAUAUACAGAGAUACAGGGAAAGAUACAGAGAUAGAUGGAGAGAUACAGGGAGAGAUGGAGAGAUACAGUGAUAGAUACAGGGAGAGAUACAGAGAGAGAGAUGGAGAGAUACAGGGAGAGAUGCAGGGAUAGAUACAGAGAGAGAUGGAGAGAUACAGAGAGAGAUGGAGAUAUACAGGGAGAUAUACAGAGAUACAGGGAGAGAUACAGAGAGAGAUACAGGGAUAUACACAGAGAUACGGGAAGAGAUACCAGAUAUACAGAGAUACAGGGAGAGAUACAGGGAGAGAUACAGGGAUAUACACAGAGAUACAGGGAGAGAUACCAGAGAUACAGGGAGAUAUACAGGGAUAGAUACAGAUCUGCACAGAGAGACAGGGAUAGAUACAGAGAUACAAGGAUCUACACAGAGAUACAGGGAUAUUUUAUUAUAUAUUAUUAUGUUAUUAUUUAUAUAGCGCUUUAUAAUGGGUGGACGAACAGACAAGUUGGACACACAGGAACAGAGGGGUUGAGGGCCUUGCCCAAUGAGGUUACAUGCUAGAGGGAGUGGGGUAAAAUGACACAAAAAGGUAAGGAUAGUAUUAGACUAAUGACAGUUGCAGAAGAGGAAUCAGUCGGGAGCUAUUAACAGUUUAAUUGAUACGCUUUUAUGAAGAAGUGGGUUUUUAACGAUUUUUUGAAGGAGUGGAGACUGGGUGAGAAUCUAACGGAGAAGGGAAGAGAGUUCCACAGGAACAGGGAUAUACACAGAUAUACAAGGAUACACGGAUAUACAGAGAUAUUCACUAAAUGAAGUGAAAACAAAAGAAAUCUCAAUGUAUCCUUACUGGUAAAAUAUUUUAUAAACUAGAAACGGUACAAUUUCUGGGGAAAUUGUGUGAAGUGUUCUUGCCUCCACCAGUAGUCUACAACUGGAGUGGGCGGAGUAACUUAUUAUUUAUUUAUAUAGCACAUUUAAUUGCAACGUUGUUACCCAAAGUGCUUCACAGUUACAUUAAAACAUAAAUUUAUAAAAACAUUAGCAGGUGUACAAAAGGCCCUGUCUAUGACAUCACUUGCUGCUCCAGCCUGGCACAGGUCAGAGUAUUUUGGCGGGUGCCAUCUUCAAACGGUCAUAUUGUAAAAACUAUACAUCCUACAGCGAAGAGCUUUAUAUUGUGAGAAUCACAAGACCCAGACCUACAUUUUGAUGCAUAGUAUGAAGUAUUAAAAAUGAAGGCACAGUCGCAGUUUAGAAAUUGCCCUUCAAAUUUAAGCUGGCUGGAGUGGAGUUUCAAUGAAUGUCAAUGGAUGGCGUGAGUUGCAAACAAAUGGUCAUGUCGUGAAAACUAUCAGGACUAUGGCUUAGCCGUGGACAUUUUUAGUGGCAGCAGGGAUAGCUGAAAGUUUUGAUAUAAGAUUUGUGUAGGUGGGCUUGAAAAUGAGGGAGUGGUGGCAGUUUAGAAAUCAUGUCCUGAUUUUUCAGCUUUUGCCAGCUCCCACUCUAGUUUUGAACAUUUUGCCAUUCAUUCCUAUGGGACCAAUUUUGCCACAAGUACGAUGAUAUUCCAUGAACCAUUCGGCGAAACGUUCCACAAAGUAAUAGCCAUCCGAUCGGGAACAAUCCGCAUGUUUCGGUAUAUUGAAAGGGGUAAUGUUGUAAUGGACUCUAAUCCCCUCGGUUCUCGAUCCCUCGGUCACCAUAAUCAACGUUGAUGGAGAAUCAUUUGUAAGCAAUAACACACGGACAACAGCUUUACAAGACUCUCAAAUGAGUGUAUUCCAGAGCUGGCUUUUAUACAUAGUUUGCUUACAUUAGCCAUGGUAUAUGCCAUUCAUUACAGUACAGACUAUAAGAUUUAUUACUUCCUUAUAUUACGUUAUUCUGACAAUGGAAAGAUAAGCUUUUGCAUACGUCUGGAAAAGAAUAUCCUUAAAAUCGGAAUGGGCAAGACAUCCUGAAAUUUAGCAUUGUCUUACAUCCUAUAGAAGAAAUACCUUAGUCUGUCACAGUCAGCAUAUUAUGUCGUAAAUUGAGUUUAAGUAUUCAAUAUCCCUUCAGUCAGCAAUAAUCAUGUUAUAAACCUUAUAAAAGCAUAAAAUACAUAUAAACAAGUUAACUAUUUAAUAUUCUUACAUAUAUUACUGUCUAUGUAGUGUAAAAACUGUGGGAGGAGUUAGGGUGGUAAAUUUGGCUAUAAUAAGAAUAAUAUAUAUGUGAGAUAACAUUAAGUGGUCUUGCUAUGCAAGAACACUUAAUAAAUAAUGGCUGUCAAUUCACAGACAAUAUCACAGCUUCGACCAAACCUGUGAAUUGGAAAACAAGGCUCACUUUGUGAUAUUGUUUUCCAGUUUGCCUAUUUUGUCCUAAAAUAAGAAAUCCACCUUGAAUUUCUGCCAAUUCACAUUUUAGUGAAUAACUGACAGAGGUCACAUUUAUAAGGUUAUUCACUGAAAACAGAAUUGUGGAGAAUUGAAAUCCAAAUGACAAUAAAUUCGGUAAAAUAGUUGAGCUGUUAUUAUAGCAUCCUUAUGGAGAUUUCUCAUGUUAGCUACUUUUCCUUGUAUUUUGCUCUUUGGAUUUCUUUUUGCUGCAAUUCAGAGUUUAGUAACCAAAUUCUAACAUAAACAAGAUAACGAGAUGAGUCAGUGAAGGGAAGUAGCAGACAUGUGCACAUCAAUGUGUGCAUAACUAUCUGCCCACGAGCCUCCACUAAAUCUGUAUGCCAGAGAGACACUCCAGGGGUGUCCCAAGGCCUAACUCAAUAGGAUUAAUGAAACAGUUUUACAAAAUCUAAAAUAAGACUCUUGAGCAAAAAGAAAGAUUGACUCUCAUUUCCGGACUAUUCACACUCUUAAUAAAUACCUUCUAAAAAAUUAUGUAGGAGGCUUGCGUGUGAAAGUGUUUUUAUUAAUUGUUGACAGCCUGGGAUCCUCCCAGCUGUAGAGGAAGUAUAUGUAGCAUAUUUUGUCUUUCACAUAUUGAAUGGAUCAUUUUUAUUAUUUUCAGUUGUAGAUGUUCACAUGGACACUUCAGGGAACUUCCACUUUUAGUGCUUCUGAAAGCAGUGAUACUGAUCAUCCAUCUCUCAACAUGAAUGCCCAUGGAAACCGCUAUGAGUUUUACAUUGGGCUGGUUCUGGCACUCUCAUCGAGCAUAUUUAUUGGAGGAAGUUUCAUCCUUAAGAAGAAGGGUCUGCUCAAACUUUGUGGCAAGGGGCAGCUUAGAGCAGGUACCAUCUAUUUCAUCAAAGACUUUAUCCUCAACCCAUGAUGUUCAUAUCCUUUUUUUUUUUGGCAAACUAUAUGCUAAUAGAAAGCACUUAGGUAUACUUUGAGCUGUAAUUAAAAUGUGAGGCAAGGAAACCUUGCUGCUAUGUGCUUCUCUGUUGGGAGGUUUUACAAAGGGGAUUUAUCAACGUGCCAAUUUCUCUGUAAAUCAGCACUUUGUAAAAGGAGCCUGCAGGGACAUGUAAUUAACCCAUAAAAGUCCUUCAUCAAAAAUGUUUUAGGGGACUGGAGAGCCACAUUAAAUUCCAUCUAUAAUUUUUGUUAACAGAAUUUCUCUCCAGUGUAUAGAGGAAUAAAACAUUUAAAAGACGGUUACUCCCUCAACCAAUGGGUGCUCUAUCUUCUGCAUCCAAACCUCCUGGAACUGAUCUGGCAUGCUGUCAUUGCUUACCCUGUUGAGGAGAGCUUCCUUCUAUGGAACAGCCAUCUCAAGAAGCAGAUAAAUCUCCUUUCCAAGAAUAUGUACAUCUUCUGUCUGGUGUUUAUUUGAAAUCCUAACUUUUCCCAUAGGAAAGCAAGGCAUGGGGAGACUAGUGCGUCUGCGCGACCAAACACUAAUCAGAUGGUCUCUAUGAAAUAGCAUUUUUUUACUCAGUAUGGCAAUGUUUUCAGCUGCAAGGUUAUAACAGGGGGCACGUGGCACUCAGACCAUGUCAUUGAGUGGUCUGGGUGCCUAUAGUGUUCCGUUAUUGCAGCUCUCUCAUGAGGAAUUGGUGUUUGUUUCUCUCCUUUUUUAUUGUCUCCAAACCUUUUUGACAUCUUAUUCUCCUCCCCUCCCCCCAUCAAAUUUAUUUGGUGCAUUUUCCCAUUUUUACCUCUAAAAAGCCUUUUGAUUUUUGUGCUGUGGUAACCUCUUCAGGAACCUAGAAGUGACCUGUUAUCACUGCCUUCUUCUACCCUUCCUUCCACCUCUUUCUGAUUUCUUGCAUGGUGACGUUAACACGCUAUAGCGCAUUCCCAGGAAGCCAGAAGCAAAGGCAAUUGUAGGGGGCAUGCGCAAAGUUUGAGGAAGAACAGAGGAUAGAUAGUGAGAUUACAGGCAAAGAGUGCAACUGGCAGGUGAAUAUUGUAGUGAAAAUUGGACUUGACAAAGGACGUGGAGCCUGCUUAAUGUUCCGCCUUUAGUCAUGAUUUGUCAGACAUACGAAAAAUACAUAAGACAAAGGAGUCCCUACUUUAUCUUAUGUAUUUUACGAGAACAAGUUCAGAAAUGAAGAAAACAUAUCCGAAGAGUGGAAGAGAAGAGGAAAUGACUGGAGAAAGUUUGCCAUGACAGAGCCACUUUAAGCGUUUUAAAAGCCAUAUUUGCAUUGUUGGUGUUUGCUGAUUAGUGUAGUAAAUGGAGUAUAUUUAUUUAAUAUGUUUCAUGAACAUUUUGCAUUAAGUGUAGUACUGUCCUUUUGUCUAACACCAUAUAUUUUCUCUCUUUGUCAUACAGGUCAAGGCGGGCAUGCAUAUCUUAGGGAAUGGCUGUGGUGGGCAGGUCUCUUGUCAAGUAUGUAUCCUCUGUCAAAUCUUCGGUUUACCUGCUCACCUGACUAUUGCUAUUCCUUACUCCACUAUUUGUUGUCAUUGCAGUGGGACUAGGGGAAGCGGCUAACUUUGCUGCUUACAUAUUUGCUCCAGCCACAUUGGUAACACCUCUUGGAGGACUUAGUGUUCUAGUGAGGUAAGGAGCAUGGUUAAAAGUGUCACUAAAUGGAUACUCUAAGCACGAAAACAACUUCAGCGUAAUUAAAUGGUUUUGGUGUGUAGGCCAUGCCCCUGCAGUUUCCCUGCUAAGUACUCUGUAAUUUAGGAGUUAAAUCACUUUAUUUAUGCAGCCCUAGCCACACUUCUCCUGGUUAACUCUUAAACAGCAGAUACUUGAGCAGUGAGACUGCAGGGGCAUGAUCUAUACACCCAAAGCACUUUGUUAAGCUAAAGUUGUUUUGGUGCCUAUAGCGCCCUUUAACUGCUUUUUUGUUUCUUGUCCGCUUCUAACCCAGGGAAUAUCCUUCUCUGCACAUUUAGACCCCCAAGGUGUUAUAACAUUGUCAUUAUUACCUCUUAUUUCUUAAAAUAAUUAUUGAAUGUUGUAUAUAUAAGAUUAUUAAAAGCCUACAUGUUUCUGCCAUUAUUUUAUCUCCAUCUCAUACUAAUUAUUUUCUCCUCCAAUCCAUUUUAAUUUUUUCUCUUUUCAUAGUGCUGUCCUCUCCUCUUAUUUCUUAAAUGAGAGGCUAACUUCACCAGGUAAAAUUGGCUGUGCUAUGAGUAUUUUGGGUUCCACUGUCAUGGUCCUUCAUGCGCCACAAGAGGAAGAGGUUUCCACGCUGAGUGAUAUGGAGGAUAAGCUUAAGCAGCCAGGUGAGAGAUUUAUUAACACUUUCAUAUCUGUUCUGCAUAAUCUAUUGCCUCUAUACACACAUUGCUUUUUAGUAUUCUGGUAGUGUGGCACCAGUUUUGUUUUCUGUGCAUAAAACAGACACUUCCUGUAUUAUUUAUUAUCCAAUACUGAGUUUAAAAUCUGCUUUUGCACUGCAGGAAUUAAUUUUACAGAUCAGAAGAAAUAUUGUUUUUCAUAUUAUCAGAGUUAUUUAAAUUGAUUGUAGUGCUCUAAAUCAAGCCAGCAGUGAACAACCUUUACCAGGACUUAAAGGGAUUCUCUAGUGCCAGGAAAACAAACCCAUUUUCCUGGCACUAGAGAAUCCUGGAGUGCCUCCCUCCCGACCCCUAUCCCACGUCACUCCUUCAAACACUUACCUGAAUCCAGUGCCGAUGUCCCUCGGCGCUGUGUCAUGUUCUGCCCAAGCUCCUCCCCCGCCGAUGUCCGCCAGCAGGGGAGACCUAAUGCGCAUGCGUGACAAUGGCCUCGCGCGUGCAUUAGACCUCCCCAUAGGAAAGCCUUAUGCAAUGCUUUCCUAUGGGGAUUCUGGCUACGCUGGAGGUCGCAUGAGGACGUCGAGCGUAGUUUAGACGACCAAGAAGCCGUCUAAGAAGCUGGAAGUCCCUAUAGUGGCUGUCUGGUAACAUGCAGGUGUUAUUACCUCUAACAGAUUGCUUACUGCAGCUGUAUGUACAAACCAAAACAUUUAAAGGGACACUAUAAGCACCAUGGUCACUACAGCUCAUUGUAGUGCUUAUGGUGCAAUCUGUAUGAGUGCUGUCUCCCUGAUUUAUGUCAAACCAUUCAUGAGUAGUUUGACACAAACUGGGGUCACCUAUACCCACUACUGUGGCUUGCUUCCUGUUCACAAUAGCCCCCCAACUUUAAAAGGCAAAAAUAAACUGAGAGUGCUGGGCUAAUCAACCCAUUCCUGAGAAAGCCAAUAAAAAAGUGGAACUGUUAUGUUUAAUAUUCUUUAUCGAAAACCUAAUUCUAUAUUUCAAUAUUUAUGCACUCUUUUGUUUAUCGUAUGGCCUUCUUGUGUGUGACUUGAUUUUUAAAUGACCUGAUUUCAGCUAUCGGACAAAUUAAUACAGUAAGAAAAGCCAUAUUAACAUUUUAAAAUUGCAACCGCAAAGAGGUGCUCAUAAACAGGGUACAUGUGCGGUAAUUUGAGUUGAGCCAGGGUAAAGACACAAUUGAAAGUGGGGACAGAAAUACAAGUGCAGGAAAUGAAGGGAGGAUGAAGUGGGGUAAUGGUUGACAGAGAAAAAAAAACAUGAUGAUUGGGAGUAGGAUGGAUGGGUGGAGUAAUGACACAAGCAGUGGGAUUUACCCACUAGGGGAGAUAGAAAUAGAAAGAAAGUGGGUGGGGAGUCUAAAAGAACAAAAUCAAUUUGAAAUGAAAAUACAUUACUGCUUUCACACAUACUGGCAUUCUCUACACAUGUUCCUUAAUUGACACUUACUGCCCUCACAAACUCAAUUACACCCCUGAGUUCACAUGCAAGCAUGUUGAUGCUCCGUACAGAUUUACCCCUGCAUUUAUACUUUGCAAACAAAUACUCCCCUGUGUUCACACACUGACCAUCUACAUUAAUAAUCUCUGAAUUAACAAACAUAUUCACCCGUGAAUCCAUAUGUGAACAUUUUACACACGUAUACAACUGUAUUCACACACAUCUGUUAUAUUCCCUUUGACACUUAUACUGACAAUUUAAACUAUAUAAAAAUACCAUAGCUUUCACAUACUUGCAGUAACAAGUAAAAAACAAAUACAUGCUUGCAUUCACACACAUUUUCAGUUACACAGAUCCACACUGACAUUACACACGUUUAAAUAUGCGUUCAUACUAGACCUACCUGCACUACACUCAUGCAUUCACACUGAUUUUACACAUUUAAUUGCAAACAUGCAUUCAUACACCAUGUGUUAAAACUGUACAUAAACAAAGGACUACACACUGUAACACUUAACAUUUCUUAAUACAUGUGCUGAGAGCACCAUAGCCACUACAAUGAGCCAUUUAAAGGAACACUCCAAAGACAUAAAGCACUUCAGCCACAAAAAAAAAAAUACUUAACUUUCAGCUUGGCUAUAAGCCCCGUGGAAGCUACCCCCUGGAUUCCUCCUAUGAAAAAACUCUUUAGCAAUAUGUAUAUACAGCAAACUUGAGUUUUCAGUUGGAUUCUAAAAAAACAAUCAUAGUGUAACAAUGUUACAUAGUAAUGCCCUAUUUUGACAUGAAAUGCACUCACAAGAUAGCUCAGCAUGUGCGCUUGAACAGCGUGUUGCCUCGAUAUUGCUGGGGGCUACCAGUACUCCGUUUUCUUUCACAGUGAUUUCCCAAGGGCUUGUAAGCCAGUUUGUGUACAAAAAUAUUUGACAAAAUAAAGUAUAAAAACUAUAGGUUCUAUGCGUUUUGUCUAGGCUUGUGAGACUUCCUUGUGUUCCUGAUAGCCCACUUGGCAAUAUCGAGGGGAAACACAUUUCAAGCGCACAUAUCCAGCUAUCUUUCAUGUCAAAUCUAGGAAUUACUUUGUAACAUUGUUACACUAUGCUUGUUUUUUACAUGUUAUAUUAGGAUCCAGAUGAAACCUCAUGUUUGUAGUAUAUACACACAAAGCACUUCAUCCAUUUCUUUUUAUUUUAUAAAAGCAGGGCCAAUAGGUUUGGGUGCUGAAUAGGAAUGAAGAUAAUUGAGCAGGGCCCUCCACCUCUCUGUUCCUGUACGUCCAGUUGUCUGGUUACAAUUACAUGUCUGUUAGUCCACCCAAUGUACAGCGCUACAGAAUCUGAUGGCGCUAUAUAAAUAAAAUAAAAAAAUUAUAAUAAGAAGAAACGCAUUAACAUCUCCUAUUAACUGCAAUUAACUGUAUUAUGACUAUGUUAAAUGGCCAAACCAGAUCCCUAAAGCACUUCAGCUUGCUGAAAUGCUUUGUGUGUGAAGAGUGUGUCCUCUUUUUUUUUUCAUUUUUACAAAAUUUGCAGAUUUUAAAAGAAAUUGGCUGUCAAUUGCUUUUGAGGUAGCAAUUGCUCAGAGCACCUGUCUUGCAAAGAGUUUUCAUUGAGCUGCAUUGGGAAGGCUGUGAUUGGACAGUCACAGAAAGUCUGUGCUGGGGAAGAAGGGGAGGGUUUGCAGCACAGGAAAUCUGCAGCACUUGCAAGCUGUAAUACCCCCAAUAGAAAAAUACAUGCAUAUUUUCAUGGGUGGUGUAUCUACAAAACUGUGAUUUUUUUUUUUUUUGUCCGUUUAAAUUAAUUGUGCGAGCGCAUUAGGACUUCCCUCAAAAAAAAAUAAAUUGUAUAAUGAAUGUUUGGAUGCAUUUUAGGCAGCCAUGACCCAGGAAAGAUCUCUAACAGCCAUCUGAGGAGUGGCCAGUGGAGUAAUGUAAUCACUAGGCUGUAAUGUAAAAACAGCAUUUUCUCUGAAAAGACAGUGUUUACAGCAAAAAACCUGAAGGUAAUGAUUCUACUCACCAGAACAAAUUCAAUAAGCUGUAGUUGUUCUGGUGACUAUAGUUUCCCUUUAAGGAAUGUGUGACUGUCUAUUUUGAGGGUGUAUUGCUAAUAUUAAUUUUGCCUGGCUUCUAAAGUCUAGGGAAACUUGCAAAUCCGUGUAUUACACUUUUAAAAAUAGAAACUUAAGAACUAAGAUGCUAUCUCAUGUGAAUCCUUACCGACAUACACAUAAGAAAAAGUCAGUAUGUCUAAGAUCAAGAUAAAGGGAAGUCUUUAGCACCAGUCACUGUAUGGCAAUUUUUCUUUAGCAAGACAUACUGAAAUUCAUAUUUUCUUUCCCCAUGUCUCUAGGUUUUGUGGCCUUUGCAUCCUGCAUGGUCCUGUUUUCCCUACUACUUGCAACCUUAGCUGCACCACGGUGGGGUCACAGUAACAUGAUCGUUUUUGUUCUGAUCUGUUCAUUAGUGGGCUCACUCUCUGUGGCUUGUGUAAAGGGACUUGGAAUCGCAAUCAAGGGUCUCUUCACAGGAGAUCCUGUAUACAAAGAACCACUUGGCUGGAUUCUGCUCCUGUGUUUAUGCAUAUGCAUCAGUGUACAGAUCCAUUAUCUGAACAGGUGACCAGCAAUUAUGUUCAUUUUUGUUUAUGCUUUUAUACUGUGGUGUAUGUGUUCUAACCCUCUCUUUUUCUUUCACAGAGCUCUGGAUGUGUUCACUGCAUCACUAGUCACACCAAUCUAUUAUGUAUUAUUUACCUCCUGCGUUCUUGCAUGUUCUGCCAUCCUUUUCCAGGAGUGGAUAAACUUGAGUAUGGGCAGUGUAGUAGGCACCAUAAGCGGCUUUGUUACUAUUGUUUUGGGGGUCUUCUUGCUACAUGCAUACCGGGAUCUCCCACUGCCUCUUACACUACUUCCUGUGUUCAUGAAGGCAGAAGAAAAUGAGAGACCUCCUGGAGAGUGGGAGAACAUACCUAGCUGUUAAGUAAAGGACAUGUACUAGGCAGGGUGCAUUUUGUAACAGAUGUGCCCGUGAGCACAAAUCAAUCCUGACAUAUCACAAAGGAACAGAUUUUGCCUUAUUGUUCAUCAAAGUAUAAAUAGAUGAAGUGAAAAAUUUACUUUUGACAUUCUUAAAAAAAAAGAAAAAAAAAAAAAGACUAAAUUGUGUAAUGUGGGCUGGCAACAUAUAAAAUAAAGUUUUAUUUUUUAUAUUUCUGCAUUUUCUUUUAUACAGUUUUGUUACAUUAAAAACCUUCUUGAAACCAUUGUUUGCCAAUUAACGGUAUAGAGGAAAUUAUAUUUAUUCAGAGGCUCUUCUCUUACCAACAAUGUAAGUAGUAGGUUUAAAUCUUACAAUAAUGCAGCCAUAUGUAAAAAACACUUUGCCUAAUACAUCACUCCAUCAUUUAUUGUUUAGUCAAGAAAUUUUCAACAAAGAAUUGAGACGUACAAUUCUGUACAGGUUGUUUUGUUCCGCAGCUGGACUUCAUGUUUCAGGGACAUCUACGAUUCUAUUCUAAGAGCCAGACCACACUUUGGAGCAGAUAAUGACAUGUUGCACAUUUUAAGAAAUAGUCAUCCUUGUUUGAUAAGUUUCCUCUGAAGGUAUCCUUUGUCAUUAAGGUAAGGUUUUGAAGAGAGCUUCCAACAUAUUCAGAGUAAUAUUCUAUAGCAGAAGGUCAGCUCAGUUAGGCAACACUCUCUCCUUAGUCAGUCAGGUUCUCAGAAAAAGUUCCUCUUGAUUUUUGUGUCUGUUCCAACCGGUUGAGGAUAAAUUGAUUGGUGUCUAUGAAUCUCUCAACACAGUUUAUGAAACAACUUUCACAUCUGGCAUCCAUCUUUGGUCCUGGCUUCUCCAUACACUUCUCCUUUGAAAUAAAGAUACAUAAUGAAGUCAAUCUAUAGCACGAAGAAUGCGUGUGUUGCCUGAAUUUACCUCCAAUUCAAAAUAUACUAUAUACAAAAUACAGCAAAUUUUUAUCUGAUUUUUCUUAUAUAUUAUGUACAGGUCCUACUUCAUAUAUUCAUAUGCUGAAGACAUCACCACCUACUAGUGCAUUUGUCUGAAUGAUUGUAAAGAUUUUAAUCUAAAGCUCAUAAAUAUAUAUAUUUAUCAUUUUUAAUCAAAUCUUUGCAUAGACCACUCAUUGUGGGAGCCACACAGGUCUAGAGAAAAAGGUUUCAGCAAAGGGAGAGCAGGGACACAUAUAGGAAAAGAGUGACUGGUGUAACUAUUCAGCCACCAACAUAUAGGUGUCAUUAGGAAGACUGUCCUGUUGGGCCAAUCAUGUUACAGAGGGUGGAUGUAAUAAUAGCACAGACCUCCAAGAAUGGUUGUGCUGGAACAACUUCUAAAACAAAUAUAUAAUUCAUAAUAAAGACAAAUUAUAUAUUUAUUGCUUUCUGAGUUUAUUUAUUUAUACUAAACAGGUUUACUUUAACCCCUUAAGGACAGAGGCAAUUGUACACUGAUCAAAACAAACCCUUGAAUUUGACUAUGUUUAACCACAAUUUCUCUCUUUCUAUUAAAUGCACCCAUACUAAUUAGGUUACAUUUUGUUCAGGAGAAAACAGUACUUUAAUUUCACCUCAAAUAUUAACAUAUAAAACAAUUUAAUAUGAAUAAAAUCUAAAGAAAAGUGUGAAAAAUCAAGACUUUUUUUUUUUUUUUUAGUUCUGAAUGGCAUUUUAACUGAAUAUCUUAACACUGUUAGGUUUUACUGCAAUAAAAUACACCUCUCUGUAUUCAGCAAUGUCUCGUGAGUAUAACAGUACUAUCACCAUGUACAGGUUUUAUGAUGUUUUUGAAAGUUACAGAGACAAAUAUAGCAAGUUCCAUUUUCAGUUUAUAUACAUUGAAAUUUGCCAGAUUGAUUAUGUUGCCUUUGAGACCGUACGGUAGCCCAGGAAUGAGAACUAACCACAUGAUAGCAUACCAUUUACAAAACAAGACAACCCAAGGUAUUGCAAACUGAGUAUGUCCAGUCUUUUUUAGUAGCCACUUAGUCACAAACACUGGCCAAAGUUAGCGUUCAUAUUUUUUUGUGAUUAAGUGGCUAUUGAAAAAGACUGGACAUACCACAUUUGCAAUACCUUGGGUUGUCUUUUGCAAAUUGUAUGCCAUCAUGGGGGUAAUUCUUAUUCCUGGGCUACCGUACAGUCUCAAAUGCAACAUAACCAAACUGGCAAAUUUCAAUGUGAAAAAACUGAAAUGGGCAAGUCUUAUAUUUGACCCUGUAACUUUCAAAAACAUCAUAAAACCUAUACAUGGGGGGAACCUUUAUAUUUGGAAGACUUUUCUGAACACAUAUUAGUGUUUCAAAAUAGUAAAAUGUAUCCCAAUGGUAUUGUAAAUAAAAGUGCAGUUUGUGUGUAAACCCCCCCCCCCCCAAAAAAAAAACUGAAUUUUCGAUUACAAUAUCAUCUUUGGGAUACAUUUUACUGUUUUGAAACACUAAUAUUUGUGUUCAGCAAAGUCUCCGGAGUAUAACAGUACCCCCCAUAUAGAGGUUUUAUAGUGUCUUGGAAAGUUACAGGUUCAAAUAUAAGGUUUUCACAUUAAGUUAUCUGGACUUUCUGCCUAGGUUGUCAGGCAAGUCCUUCAAAUUGUAAUUAAUAAAAAAUUACUUAAUUCAAUAAAAAGAUUACAUAAAUAUACACAGAAUUUAAAUGUGUUAGUGUGUGUACAUAUAUAUAUAUAUAUAUAUAACUUAAUUCUUAAUGUAUUUUGAUAUCUAUAGAUAUAUAUUAAUAUCAAAAUACUGUACACCUCAUGUACAGGUUUUAAAUCAUUUUAAAAUUGUGUGUGUGUGUGUGUGUGUGUAUAUAUGUAUGUAUAUAUAUAUAUAUAUAUAUAUAUAUAUAUAUAUAUAUAUAUAUAUAUAUAUAUAUAUAUACAUACAUAUAUACACACACACACACACACACACACAAUUUUAAAAUGAUUUAAAACCUGUACAUGAGGUGUACACACGGUUGUACUUGUGGAACAUCACACAUACAAGUAUUAUACGGUUAGCUUUCACGGCAAUAAAACACAUGACAUUUACAGUCAAAACUCCAUGCAGAAUUUAGAAAACAAAAUUUCUUAAAUUUUUCACACUUCUUUAAAUUUUAUUCAUAUUAGUUAAAGCCCUAUUUCUCCUGAACAAAACGAUAUAUAAUAAGUGUGGGACCAGUGAAUAUGAAAAAGGUCAAUUAUUAGUUGUGACUGUAGUCACCAUCACUGGGAGUAUGUCACGUGUCUGAUACUUCAUGUAGGUCCCUUGGUGAAUCUUUUGUUUAAGGCAUGUUGUGCCCAUGAUCAAGGGUGCAGGGUGAGUAUCUUAAUGUUAUUUGGGGAAUGUCUUCUGGUAUCAGUCUGGCUCUGAGGCUUGUGCAGCAUUACUUUGAUUGUAGAUGAGUCUGGAACAGUUAGGUGCAGUGCCACCUAGUUAACUUGCAUAAUCAGGUAGAUCUGCAUAUUAUGGUUUAUAGAGGCAGGGGAAAUAUUUCUACAUGAAUAACAAGCCUGCACUUUUCACUAGCCCUGGGGACGUAUCAAGAAACAGCUAAGCCUGAGACCCACAAGUAUCUAGAAGCAGGGCCGGCAGAAGGUUCAAUACCUUCCUGGGUGAAGCCAGACAGGUAGAAAGGGUAAUACUUUCCUGGGAGACGGGAGCGCGGGCAGAGGGAUCGGAAUCUGACUGAAAGAACAAGCCCUUUCGGAGGCCUGCCCAGCUGGAGGGUAGCUGUAGCUGCUGACUUCACCCCUGGCCUUGGUGCGAUCUUUGCUGUUAAACCUACAUAUUGCUCAAAUUCUAGGUUUUGUUUUGGUUCAGUACUUGGGCAAUUGCCACCAUCCUAAAAGAAACACUAUAGGGUAAGAAACACAAACAUGUAUUCCUGACCCUAUUGUGUAAAAAAAUAAUUAAAUAAAAUAAAAAUAAAUCACCUUGCCCCCCCUUAAUAAAUCUUACUUUUAUUCCAAUCUGCUGCUGCUGGCUUUACCCCUGAUCUGCCUGCUUGGCUGACAUCAUCAUAAGUGUUGGAUUGGCUAAGACUGUCAAGAAGACAGAUCAGGGGCAGAGUAGCAUCUCCUCAAAGAGAUGCAUUCAAUCAAUGUAUCUAUGAGGGAAGUUCAGUGUCUCCAUGCAAAGGUGGGAGACACUGAAUGGCAGUGCUGCACAUGGUACAGCACUGCUCCAGGAAGCAUUUCUAGUAGCCAUCUGAGGAGUGGCCAGUGGAGUUAUCUCUAGGCUGUAAUAUAAACACUGCAUUUUCUCUCAAAAGACUGUUUACUGCAAAAAGCCUGAAGGAACUGAUUAUACUCACCAGAACAUAUACAAUAAGCUGUAGUUGUUCUGGCGACUAUAGUGUUCCUUUAAGGAGAUAAAAUAAAAAAUAUAUCAUCUGUAAAAACAAUAUUAACAUGCAAAUAUUACAAAAGUUAAAAUAUUUUUAGAAAUAUUAAAGCAUUUGGUGGUUAUCCAAAUUAAAUAAAUUUGCAAAGCUUAUUAAAAAAAUGUUAAUACAAUACACAGCUGUAUUUCUGGCACUAUAGCUCCCUCUGCCUUCCCCCUCCCUCGCCGCAAUGAAUAAAGGGUUAAAAACCCUUUAUUUACUUAUCUGAUCCUAGCAGUCAUGUCCCUCGGCGCUGGGUCGCAGCUCCACAUACUCCAAUGUCACUAGACGAGGGGGUGCUAAUACAAAUGCUUGAGUGCCGCGUGCAUUAUGCUUCCCCGUAGGAAAGCAUUAAAUCAAUUCUUUCAUAUGGGUUAAUAGCAGACGCUGUAUGUCCUCAUGCAGAGCGUGAGGACGUCUAGGUUCAGUUAGCGGACCAAAAGUCCAGUAAUAUUCCAAAAGCUCCUCUGGUGUCAGUCUGGUAGACAGCCACUAGAGGCUGUCUUAGUUAUUGUAAUGUAAACAUUGAAGUUUCUGUAAAAAAAAUUUUGACAAGGGCAACCUCAGAAAAAAAAAAGUUUCAGUUUCAGCCAUACUUGGAACAGUUUUAGUUUGGCAUGUUUUUUUAUUUUCCAGAAUUUUACCAAAAAGUACCUUUACCUCACAAUUGCAUGCUUAAAAUAUUCAAACAUGCAAGUGUAAUGAUAUAUUUGGACAAAUCUAUACAAACACUAAAGCACUUAUAUUGAAAAAAAAUAUGACCACUUAUGUUAUCACUAAUUGACAAAAGUGUCAACCAGUUGAAGUGGUUAUGGUACCCAAAGUGAACAUAAACAGGGAAAAUGCAAUGUUUUGUAUGUAUAAAUGCACAAAGUUUACAUAUAACCAGAAUCUUAGUAAUAAAAUGUUUACGUGAAAAAAUUCCCUUAGAAAAUUCCCUGGUACUUCUACUUUAGACAAAAGGUUGAUUCUACACAAUUUCCAGUUUAGUCUAAGGUAGGUCUCCAGCACUCCACCUGCCCAUUUGCCACUGUGUCAGAUUAGUCAGAAAGAAGGUCUCUAUAAUGAGCUUUGGCACUGGCUCCUAAACUCUAGGAAUAUUUGUCAAGAGGUGGCAUAUGGUAGACAUAACAGUCACACCUUAAUACUUCUUAAAGGGGCAAUCUAAGUACCAUAACAACUACAGGGCGUUGUAGUGGUUCUGUUUUUUUUUUGUUUGUUUUUUUAAUCUCUUUAAGGCAAAACUUUUUUUUUAUUUUUUUUAAUCCAUAUGAUUGUCUGAACGUCAAUCCUGAAUGAGUUAAUCCAUUAGCAUUGCCCCCUCGUUGUAGUGUUCCCCUCUAUACAGACACUCUCUAUGGGUGAAGUGUAAGCUGCUCGGUUUGUAUCGGUUUAUACCCAGCAGAGGUCGGUGAGCUGAUGAACCAGACCCUGGAAUCGCUGUUUCUGAGUCUCCGCUUCAAUGAACCUCUGCAGCUCGGGGUCUCCCGCAGCCUCCAUGAUGUGAAGCACACACCGGCUUCGCGACCUUCACCCUUCUCCGGAACAGGAAGCCGCAUGCUGACAUCUGUG